AUGUUGCCCUUCUUUGGCGCCUUCAAGCUGUACUUCCUCCUCGCAGCCGUGCUCGGCGUGGUCACAGCCAGAAGCGAAGCGACCACUCUUGAGUUAAGGGUGAACCGGAAUGUGGCAGCUGGCACUUGCGAGCACGCUCGUAUUCGCAAAGGGCAACGCCAUCGUCUGCUGGACCAACCCAGUGCGCCUGAGGUCAUCACAACGCGCAGGCGCGCGCAAAGCGACAACAGCAAGGCGCCCCUUGAGCUGAUCAGUAUGUUCGCUCACGACGAGGCACCGUUGCGACGCGAACUUGAAUUGCUGUGCGGACCGACCGCUCUGAAUGCACCAUCCAAUACCCAGGCUAUUCUGAGAGCGCCGCCCACAGCAGAAGUCGAGGUUCCGCCCAUGGAUGUCCGCCUGAUCUCCGGCUCCGGGUCCUCGGACAAUCGCGUCCAUCUAACAUUCUUCUCGGAUGGUUACGUCCCCGAAGAGGAAGGGCAGUUUUUCGACGACGUCCGCUUCUUAGUAGAGGCUAUAGCCAGGAAUCAGACAUUCUACACCGUUGCCCCACUAUUAAACUUUUGGGCCGCGUACACGCCGAGCAAAGAGAGUGGCGUGGGCAGUCAUGGGACACCGCUGGAUACGCCUUUCGGCUUGUAUAGACCUGGCACGGAACUGAGAGGCGUGCUGUGGUCCAAGCCAGAGGUUGCGAGAGCGGCUUGCGAUUCACUUAGGACGAAGUGCGACUAUCCCGUCUUCGUAGGUAACGACAGGUUAUAUGGCGGUAUGAAUGGUGAGUUUGUAACGAUAACGCCGUCACCGGUGAAUGGCCCUCUGGUACUGCGCCAUGAGCUGGGGCACAACAUCAUCGAUGCUGGAGAAGAAUAUGAUGGUGGAGACGCCGAUGAGUAUUUCGGGGUCAACACGGCGCCGUCUGUCGAGCAAACUUUACCUUGGGAGCACUGGUUGACUUCAUCUCCCGCUGAUGGGAGCAGACCUCGCGCUGAGCGUGUUGUGAUGCCACUGCAAGACUAUGCUUGGACGAUGCUCAACACGAGCAGCGCAUGGAGCACCACCUUCGUAUCUGCUGGCUCAUACGCACGCCACCUCGUGCGAUUCUCCCUCUCAGGAUUGCCGCACUCCGAUGCUCUGAAUGUCUUAAUUGAUGGGGAAGACAUCGGAUGGAAGGCCAAAGAGGAUCUCGGGCUGGACCGAUGGCACUACGACAUCUACAGAGAUGUGUCUCUCCCGGGUGGCUCGCACCAGAUCACCUUCAAGCUGAACGACGCCACACUCGAAGGUCACGCACAGUUGUGCAGCCUCGAGAUACUAGAGUACGGCCAUCCUAAUGAGUUCAAUGCCACACCUGGCUUCUACGGCGCAUUCCCGACCUUCGACAGCUCGAACAUGACGCGGCUCCGACCUACGAACGAAGACUGCUUGAUGCGCAUCACAAACGAGCCUCAAUUCUGCUCUGUGUGCAUUGAGGACCUAUGGAUGUCGUUACUCUCACGAGUCGAUCCGAUAGACGCCGCAACUGCUACCUGCACCCUCGUCGAGGGUAGUACGGACAAAUGGACGCGGAUACUCGCAUUGGACCUCGUCGACUUGUCGCAGAGGGGCACCUAUGUAUCGGAGUGGAAGCGAAAUGGCGUCGCGGUAGAUGUCUGGGCGAACCGGACAACAGUCGAAGUGGCAGGGGAUGAGGAAGGGAAGUUCGAAGUGUUCGUGCAGUUCUCGACGGAGGAGAUUAUAAUUCGGUCGGACCCGCAUGGUUACGCGCGGUCGAAUGCUACCUUCAUCAUAGACGCGCCUUGCGUAUGA